ACUGGACAGCUCGACAUUUUCGUCGUGUUUUGUGGUCAGAUGAAUCAACAUUUUGCCUCUUUCAACAAUCAUCUUGUCGGGUCUGGCGUGAACCACAUGAAGAAUGGGACAUUGAAUGUGUGAGUAGUACUGUCAAGCAUAGUCCUAGUCUGAUGCACUGGGGUUGUUUUCCUUGGUAUGGAACUGGCCCUCUCGUCGCGCUUAAUGGCUCUGCCACUGGUAAAUCUCACGUUGAAAUUCUUCGUAGGUUCGUUUUGCCAACAUUAGAGACCUACCCAGGAAAUGUGGAUCGUGGUCAGCCUUGGUUUCAACAAGAUAAUGCAAGACCGCACACCUCCAACGCCGCUAGCAAUUUCCUCAAAGAAAACAAAGUUCGA